AUGAGUGAUCUGUUGAUCCAAUUCGCUGAUUCCGAGCCCUCAUCGCUCACAGUCGCUGCUACGCUAACAAGCGAGAGGAUUGACUGUUGCAGUGGCAGCAUUUCUACCGAUUCCCCGACGGAAUUGUUCCGAGGAUUUUACUAACUCGAUUGAUUUGAAGUAUAAUUAGUUGGCAAUCGACGCAUCUUUCGUGCAACACUCUCCCGGCGAAAAGGGAUGGGUCUUCUCAGCAUUAUAAGGAAAAUCAAGCGCAAAGAGAAGGAGAUGCGUAUUCUCAUGGUGGGCCUCGAUAAUUCCGGGAAGACGACGAUAGUGAUGAAGAUCAACGGAGAGGACACCAGUGUAAUCAGUCCCACACUUGGAUUCAACAUUAAGACUAUCUCUUACCAGAAGUAUACUCUGAAUAUUUGGGAUGUUGGAGGGCAGAAAACAAUAAGGUCAUACUGGAGAAACUAUUUCGAGCAGACUGAUGGGUUGGUUUGGGUUGUGGAUAGCUCUGAUCUCAGACGGCUGAAAGAUUGCAAAUAUGAGUUGGACAAUCUGCUCAAAGAAGAGAGGCUAUCGGGGGCGUCUCUAUUGAUUUUUGCAAAUAAACAGGACAUACAAGGUUGUCUCUCACCUAAUGAGAUUGCUAAGGUGCUCAACUUGGAAGCCAUGGACAAAAGCAGACACUGGAGAAUCGUGGGAUGCAGUGCGUACACCGGGGAAGGCCUACUCCAGGGAUUCGAUUGGAUCGUUCAAGACAUCGCCUCCAGAAUUUACAUGCUCGAUUAGGCUGCCUGUUCUGUCCAAGCAAGACAGGUAUUUUUCCAUUACAUUUCCUGUAUUUAUCAUCGUCUUGAUUGAUACAUACACCUAAGAGGAUGAGGGUUACUGUAAAUCUCUGUUGUCUUGUUUGAUCAUCGUUUUAGCCUGUAUUGACAUUGGAAUCCGCCAUUGCCAGCUUCUUCUAGUCCCGAAAAUUACUGCUUGUGGUUGAUUUUGCACCCUAUUUACAUAGGGUUUAGGGUUUGCCAUUACAGGGGCAAAUCGGCUGAAAUCAACACUAGUUGUGUGUGCUAUUGUUGUAGACUAAGUUAUAUGUUAUAUUUAUUUCAUGAGA